AUGCCCCGCUCAGGCCUCAGGGCGGCACUGUGAGCUCGCGGCCGCGGCCGGCGCGUUCGGGCGGGCCGCAGGGCGCCGACCCACGCUGGCCCGGCCGGGAACGUGUCUCCGGGUGACGCAGCCCCGGGUGGGGAACGUGGUGCGGCGGCAGCGGCUGCGACUGUACGCGCCUCUGCCGCCUGGAGAGGACGUGCAUUGCAGCGGAGUCGGCGGCACUGGACCCGGAGCGGCAGGCGGCCGCCGGGGGGCAAGACACAGGCGCCGGCGAGGAAGUAGGUCUCCGGCGCGGCGUCCAACAAAGAGCGGGGUCGCCCUGCUCAAGCGGAGCUGCGGGCAGAGGCUCCAUGUUGGGAAGCGGAGCGGCCCGUCCUUGUUAGCGGGAAUCGGGGCUCCGCGGCUAGAGCCGGCGGGGUACGGCCCUGAGAGAAUAUGGAGGCUCCGCUGCGGCCUGCCGCGGACAUCCUGAGGCGGAACCCGCAGCACGACUAUGAGCUGGUCCAGAGGGUCGGCAGCGGCACCUACGGAGACGUCUAUAAGGCCAGAAAUAUACACACAGGAGAGUUGGCAGCUGUAAAAAUUAUCAAAUUGGAGCCUGGGGAUGAUUUUUCUUUGAUUCAACAAGAGAUAUUUAUGGUUAAAGAAUGUAAACACUGCAACAUUGUUGCCUACUUUGGGAGCUAUCUCAGCCGGGAAAAGCUGUGGAUUUGUAUGGAGUACUGUGGUGGUGGAUCACUUCAAGAUAUUUACCAUGUUACUGGACCAUUAUCGGAAUUGCAAAUAGCUUAUGUAUGCAGGGAAACAUUACAGGGUCUUGCAUAUUUACAUACUAAAGGCAAAAUGCAUAGAGAUAUCAAAGGUGCAAAUAUUUUAUUGACAGAUCAUGGUGAUGUAAAAUUAGCUGACUUUGGUGUGGCUGCAAAAAUAACAGCUACCAUUGCAAAGAGAAAAUCUUUCAUUGGCACGCCUUAUUGGAUGGCCCCAGAAGUUGCAGCAGUAGAGAAGAAUGGUGGCUAUAACCAACUCUGUGAUAUCUGGGCAGUAGGAAUAACAGCAAUUGAGCUUGGGGAACUUCAACCACCUAUGUUUGAUCUUCAUCCAAUGAGGGCUCUCUUCUUAAUGUCAAAAAGUAAUUUUCAGCCUCCGAAAUUAAAGGACAAAACAAAAUGGUCAUCGACAUUCCACAAUUUUGUCAAGAUAGCACUAACCAAAAACCCCAAAAAAAGGCCAACUGCUGAAAGACUUCUGACUCAUACUUUUGUAGGACAACCAGGUCUUUCUAGGGCUCUAGCAGUUGAACUGUUGGAUAAAAUGAACAAUCCAGACAACCAUUCACAUUAUGCAGAAGGCGAUGAUGAUGACUUUGAGCCCCAUGCAAUCAUUCGUCAUACCAUUAGAUCUACAAACAGGAAUGCCAGAGCUGAACGGACAGCUUCAGAAAUAAAUUUUGACAAGUUACAAUUUGAACCUCCUCUGAGAAAAGAAACAGAAGCACGCGAUGAAAUGGGAAUGUCAUCAGACCCAAACUUUGUAUUUCAAUGGAAUCCUUUUGUUGAUGGUGCAAACACUGGCAGGUCAACCUCAAAACGUGCAAUACCACCUCCCCUACCUCCUAAGCCAAGGAUAAGCAACUACCCAGAAGACAACCUUGCAGAUGAAGAAAAAUCAACUAUAAAACAUUGCCCUGAUUUAGAGAACAGAGCUCCCCAAGUUCUCAGAAGACAGAGUAGCCCAAGUUGUAGUCCUAUAGCCGAGACUUCCUCUAUUGGUAUGGCUAGCAGUAUCAUCAGCCCUGGAGUGCAUACAGCUAGAUACUGUGAUCUGGGAAAUGGUGAUGGUAUUUCCAAACUGAUUAGUGAAAAUACAGAAGGAUCAGCACAGGCACCACAGUUACCACGAAAAAAGGACAAGCGAGAUUUCCCUAAACCUGCUAUUAAUGGCCUUCCACCUACCCCAAAAGUGCUGAUGGGAGCAUGUUUUUCCAAAGUUUUUGAUGGCUGCCCUUUGAAAAUUAAUUGUGCAACAUCCUGGAUACAUCCUGAAACAAAAGAUCAGUACAUUAUUUUUGGAACCGAAGAUGGUAUUUAUACAUUGAAUCUCAAUGAGCUACAUGAGGCCACAAUGGAACAGUUAUUUCCACGGAAAUGUACAUGGCUCUAUGUUAUCAAUAAUACUUUAAUGUCAUUAUCAGGAAAAACCUUUCAGCUCUACUCUCAUAAUCUUACAGCUUUGUUUGAACAAGCCAAAAAACCAGGAUUAGCUGCCCAUAUUCAAACUCAUAGGUUCCCAGACCGCAUACUACCAAGAAAAUUCGCUAUAACAACAAAGAUUCCUGAUACAAAAGGCUGCCACAAAUGUUGCAUAGUCAGAAAUCCUUACACAGGUCAUAAAUACCUCUGUGGAGCCUUACAGUCUGGAAUAGUUUUACUUCAGUGGUAUGAACCAAUGCAGAAAUUCAUGUUGAUAAAGCACUUUGAUUUUCCUUUGCCAAGUCCUUUGAAUGUUUUUGAGAUGCUUGUAAUACCAGAACAGGAAUACCCCAUGGUCUGUGUAGCUAUUAGCAAGGGCACCGAAUCAAAUCAGGUAGUUCAGUUCGAGACUAUCAAUUUGAACUCUGCAUCUUCAUGGUUUACAGAAAUUGGUGCAGGCAGCCAACAGUUAGAUUCCAUUCACGUAACGCAGUUGGAAAGAGAUACCGUUUUAGUGUGUUUAGACAAAUUUGUAAAAAUCGUAAAUCUACAAGGAAAACUAAAAUCAAGUAAGAAACUAGCCUCUGAGCUAAGUUUUGAUUUUCGCAUUGAAUCUGUAGUUUGCCUUCAAGAUAGUGUGUUGGCUUUCUGGAAGCAUGGAAUGCAGGGCAAAAGCUUCAAAUCUGAUGAGGUUACCCAGGAGAUUUCAGAUGAAACAAGAGUUUUUCGCUUAUUAGGAUCAGACAGGGUUGUCGUUUUGGAAAGUAGGCCAACAGAAAAUCCUACUGCACACAGCAAUCUUUACAUCUUGGCUGGUCAUGAAAAUAGUUACUAAGCAACAGAAACUGAUCUCAAAUGAAAGGAAGAUAACAUAUUCCAUUGAAAGCAAAAAUAUUUUAAGGACAGUUCAGUACAAGCUACAUUUAAUUUGCUUUAACAAUUAUGGGUUAUCUCAAAUGAUCUGUACUUUAAGUUAGAUUCAAUAUUUUCUGUAGCUGGAAACAGCUGUUCUAUCUCUUGCCACUGUGUGGUGGUUAUAUCAAGUUUGCUUAAUAAAAGCUACAAGACAAAUAGUCCUCUAGUUUCAGGAAACACAGUCUUCUUUUUUAAAAUAAAUAAAUAAAUAAUAAUAAUGUUUAUAACAAGGGUGCCAUAAUUCCCUAGAUUACAACUCAUGUUGUUAUCUUCAGGAAGAAAAAUUUAGUGACAGUUUCCUCAUUUUAUACUAUAUUUUAUUCUUAAUGAGCAUAAUUUGAUGAAGAUAUUAUCAAAUAAGCCUUUCACUUUUACUUUGGUCAUUCUGUAUGUUUUUGUAGAAUAGAAUAUUUAAUCCUUAUUUAUUAAUCUCUUGCUGGAGUGGUGUAAUGUAUCUAACUUUUGGCAAAGGAGGGUUGCAGCUUAAAUUUUUUAUAAUGUAUAAAAUUUUUGUUUACCUUUUAGGUAGUAUUUUGAGGGGUUAAAGGUUCAGUAUAUAUAUGCAAUUUUGCUUAACACAAAUCUUUUGUAAGACAGUAUCAUGAAAGGGAACUUUGUGUUUUCAAUAACAGACUAUUUUAGGAUGUCAUACAGAAGGUAUUGAUGAUAGUUAAAAUAUUGAUAGAAGGAAUAUGUAUAUCUAGAUGAGACUACCAUGUCUAUGUAUUCUUGACAAGCAGUAUAUACCUGUGAUUUUUUUUAUAUUAGGAGUAAUACAUAAGAAAUUAUGUAUUAUAAGAAAUGAAUCAUAUAUAUAUAUAUAUAUUAUAUUAUUAUAUAUAUAUUAUAUAUAUAUAUAUAUAUAUAUAUAUAUAUAUAAUCAGCCCUUUUGGGGGGAGUACUUAACUGCCCAUGAUAUGUAUUUUUACAUUUUUAAUCUUGGGUUUUUCACAUAUUUAGAUAUUCCUUGUGAGUAGGCUUAAGAAGAAAAAUCUUUAAAUGAAAUUGAAUUAUUGAUGGGAUAGCAUAAGUAUUACAAAAGCCAGUAUUCUAAAAAUAAGAGAGGAUAUAGGGCCAUUCUUAGUUUACUUCUUUUUUGCUAUCAUCAUUAUUCAAAGCUUAAGUGUCAUAUUGGUACCUGAUAAAGAUUAGCAGUAAUAAACAGUUGUUUUAUUCUGACCAAUUACUUGAGAGGAAAACAGUAUAACUAUCUCAUUCAAUUUUUAACAGUUCUAUAAACUAGGUAUCACCUCCAUUUUUUUUUUCAGAUAAGGAAAUAAGGGUUUAAGCAAGGCUAAGAGACUUAUGCAGUUCACACAGCAAGUUAGUGGUUGAACCAGACCAUGAGUCUUAUGACUCUGCUCUUUUCACUAUGCAAUUUGCAAGCAAUAAAAUGUUACACAAAUGAAAUAGCAAGUA